AUGAUUUCUUCACAGGUUACAUCCGAAGAAUCUAGCACAGGACGCGGUGCAUGGCUUGAGUAUCUUUGGGCUCGACAGCGAUGGGCGAUGACCUUCUUGCAAGACAGUGAGGGCAACGAACAAAGACCACGCCCACUUUUCUGCGCCCCAAUUUCGAUUCCGUUCGCCGCAGCGCGUGAAACGACAUCAGCGUUUCUGCGCCGAGAAAUGACAGAGCCGUUGUUUGAAAGGAUUCUGGGGAAGCCUGAUGUUUUUUACCGACAUCAGCAAAGUGAUGAUCCCGAUCUCACAGAAGGUGAUAAACGCGGUAUUCUCGAUGAUCUCAUGACCACCAACAAGGCUUUGUUUUUACAAAGGUAUGGCAAGUACAUGAACGCAAGUGACUGCGCAUUAUUUCGCGAUGAAAGCGACCCACUCAUUCAAUUUAUGGUUGCUCAGAUUGAAAAACGGAAGCCUGACGCUCAAAAUGCGAGUGGUUUUAUGAAGAAGCGGCGUUUUCUGAUGCUGCAAAAAUUGAAAGAAGAGGGAAAAUAUUUCUCGGAGGAGAAGAUGAGAGAACGUGAGCCGUACCUCUAUGAUGUUAUGGUGGGGAAAUUCACUGACGCAAAAGAUCAGUUGAAUCUUCGCCCUUCUGUAUCUCGUGAAGAAUGUCCAGAGGGAGGAUGGGCCAGUAUG